CUGAAUAGAAAAAUCGUGGUGUGAACCCUUACGCAUUUUUCUGCUUCCACAUUAGAAACAAGCACUGACCCGAUAUAUCCCACUUCCUGUCAGGUGACCUGAUAACGAACGUUAUUCCCUUCACCUGUUAUGGCAUUGUCUAUCCCUGACACCUACAGCCUGAGAGCUGGAACAAUGACGUGACGUGGGGCUGACGUGUGAAUUGUCAGUCACGUCACACCGAACAGCAGCCAUCAUCACACAGCAGAGCGCGCACUAAUCAUCACCUGGAACCGAGCAGCACCCCCCGCCACUGAUGAAUGGAAAGAACCAAGAUGGCGGCCAGAAUGUACAGAAAGCCCUAAUCAGAACCCUUGUUUAGUGUCAGUGAUGAGCGAUGGGGUAUGAUGUAACACGCUUCCAGGGUGAUGUGGACGAAGAUCUUAUCUGCCCCAUCUGCAGUGGGGUUUUGGAGGAGCCAGUUCAAGCUCCCCAUUGUGAGCACGCUUUCUGCAAUGCCUGCAUCACACAGUGGUUCUCUCAACAGCAGACUUGUCCCGUGGACCGUAGUGUUGUGACUGUAGCACAUCUACGCCCAGUCCCGCGCAUCAUGCGGAAUAUGCUCUCUAAGCUCCAGAUUACAUGUGAUAACGCUGUUUUUGGCUGUACCACCAUUGUGCGACUGGACAACCUCAUGUCUCACCUCAACGACUGUGAACACAACCCAAAGCGACCGGUGACAUGUGAACAGGGAUGCGGUCUGGAAAUGCCCAAAGAUGAACUACCAAACCAUAACUGCAUAAAGCAUCUUCGCUCUGUAGUGCAGCAGCAGCAAUCUCGUAUAGGGGAGCUCGAAAAAGCAGCAGCCGAGAACAAGCAUCAGCUAUCUGAGCAGAAAAGGGACAUUCAGCUUUUAAAGGCCUAUAUGAGAGCGAUCCGCAGUGCCAACCCAAACCUACAGAACUUAGAGGAGACUAUAGAGUAUAAUGAGAUUCUUGAGUGGGUGAACUCCUUACAGCCCGCACGAGUGACUCGCUGGGGAGGAAUGAUCUCCACACCAGAUGCAGUGCUGCAAGCAGUCAUCAAGCGUUCACUAGUGGAAAGUGGCUGCCCGGCAUCCAUAGUGAAUGAGCUAAUAGAGAAUGCCCAUGAACGUAACUGGCCACAAGGCUUGGCUACUCUUGAGACAAGGCAAAUGAAUCGGCGAUAUUAUGAGAACUACGUGGCAAAGCGGAUUCCAGGAAAGCAGGCCGUGGUGGUGAUGGCCUGCGAGAACCAACACAUGGGAGAGGACAUGGUUUUAGAACCCGGGCUGGUGAUGAUAUUUGCACAUGGGGUUGAAGAAAUCUAAUGGCACACAGAUGAAUAUAUGCACUCCUUGUGCUUCUCCAUAUGCUCCAUCCUCCCAGGAGGCAGGGUCUUGUAUCCCCAGCAAUCGCUUACCAUAUAAAGUCCCACUGGUGCCUACUAGCUGAGUGCAGGGUAAGGGCUUGCCAUUGCUGACUUUUGUAUGGAAGACACUCAAAGGGCACAUAAUCAGAUGUAUUUGGUCCCUCACAGUGCACUAUGAUACCAGCUUAUCACCCCAAACAAUCCAUAUCCAUUUCUUCAUUUAUGCUUACGCUGAAGGAAAUGGAAAAUUGGCCUUUGAGGAACAAAGCAAAUUUCAGCAACUUGGGUGAAAAGCAGAAGAAACACUAAAAAAAACUUUUCUGAGAAGCAGAGGCAUUGUAAUGGAAUUAUGGGCAUUUUACAUGAGGUGCUGAGGCAUGCUCUUAAAUCACUGGUAUCUGUAACAAGAUAUAUGCUACGACUUGAACCUGGACUUUUGUGCAAACCACCAUGGACUUGGAUUUUGCAGGGGAAUUUUGUGCAAGUAGGCUAGGAUAGAGGAAAAAGUAGAUAUUUUUUUAAUCCCUCUGUCAUUCGGCACUAGUUUCAGAUGUUCAGUUUGUUUUUGGUUGUGCUCACAAUAAACUAGCAGCAAUAUGCAGCAGACAAUGCAGCCAUUUCAUAGAAAUCCUGACACUCAUUCUGUCUCAUGUCAUUUCCAUAGAUGUGAACAAAUAAGGGUUCCACACCGCAGCUUUUCUUUACCUUGAGUGAAUGGAAAAAGCAGAUUUUGCUCAAACGCUACUUUGAAUUUCAGGUGUUUUUGUGAAAAUGUGUGGUGGCUCGUGUGUUUUGGGUUUCCCCUUUCCCACCCUCUCAACACAAGGGAACAUGGAGCACAAAAAGAUAUACAAUUUUCGUGAUUGUUCUCCCUUUUGUUAGGUUUGUGUAUGUGUAUAGUGCUGUUAUUAUGAUGCCUAUGUUUAGAGCAUAAUGUUACUCCCCCCCCCCCCCCCCCAGCACACCCCUACCUUUUUUCUUUGUUUUUUCUUUAGUAUGCAGCAGUUUUCCCUUACGUUAGAAUAAAGUUGAGUGUAAACCCUGCAUGCUUCCACAGACAUGGACAAAAAUAAACUACCUGUACACCUUACAUGUUUUAUAAUAUACCUAUAGGUAGUAUAGUAAAGCACUUCUUUAAUAGCUGUAUUAUUUUAAGAAACAUAGUUUGCCUUUUGGCUAUGCAGCUCAUAAGUGAAGACCCCUUUUAAUGCUAUUUGAUUCUCUGCUGAAUCUCUAAAAGGGACAUGUUGACUUUCUAACCACUCCAGGUAAAAAAAAAACAAAAAAAACAUUAUUUUAAAGAGAACAUCCCAAAAGUUUGACUAUUUUUCUAUUUUUACAUCAGCUGCAUUUCUUCCUUUUUGCUCUUUUCUUUUAUUGUAUAAAUUAAAACUUGAAGUUUAAACAGGACAUAUUUUUCUCCUUUGCUUCUAAGUCAGAUGUCUUCAUUUAUUUCUCAUUGGUCCUUUUGAAAGCUUUGUAAGUUUGUGUCCUUUUAAAUGUUUGUUGUGUUGUAUUUUUCUAUUUUUUCUUUUUCUGUUUGUUAAUAUUUUAAGUAUAUUUUUGUUUUUGUUUUUUUAUAUAAAAAAAUUUGUGCAUUUUGUUUUCACCGUAUUAUCCCAACGCCGUAGAUUGAACUAUGAUCCGAAUACUUUUUCCUGUGAGAUUUGUGUUUUGCCCAUAGUGACAACCAUUUUUAACCCUAGCUAUGUAUAUUUUGUGCCAAGAUGAAAUUAUUUAAAUGCUCAUAACAUAAAGCAGAGCUUUGGUACAAGAGCUACAUCUUCAGACAGUUAAUGCCUCAUUUCCAUAAAGAUAUGAAAUGCCCGGUGGGAAUGCUUCCCAAUUUCUCUGGGUAACAAGAAGAAAAAUAGAAGUUUAGGAAAAAUACUGGGUCCGACGCUUGCAUAUUAAGACUUUAGAACACUACAUAUAGCCACACAGACAAGAAUCUCGCAUUUCAACAAAAUAGUUAAGGAUACUAUAGAAUACAUGGAGCUUCGGUUACAUAGUGAAUAUAUGUUUUAGGAUGUUAACAAAAGAUCAGAAUCUCACAUUGAAUGGAUGUGUGAAAAAAAUAGUGCUUUAUGUUGGUGGAAAAGGUAAUUUCUGGAGCAAUAAGUAAGGGUCUAUUCACACGGCGGAAUUUCCGCUUGUGGAAUUCCGCUUCAAAUGAAAGGCCAUAGACUUCUAUGGGAUUCUGCACUCCCGUUGACACUUUGGAAUUUCUGCUUGCGGAAACUCCAAAAUGUGAACGGGAGUGCGGAAUCCCAUGGAAGUGUAUUGGGCUUUCAUUUUGAGGCGGAUUCCCUUAGCGGAAAUUCUGCCGUGUGAAUAGACUCUAACUAGGUGUAUAGGAUUUCAACAAUUACUAUUUGUAGGUGUAAGCUGGGCACUUUUUCCCUGCCAAUAUUUUGACUACAGUCAGCGAAAAAACUGCCUGAUAAACGAUAGUUAUCCAUGUAAACAGGACUUGGGGUAUCUUUAUAUUCAGUAGAAUAUGACUUAUACUUUGCACUGCCACAGUCUUUGUCCUUUCUACCUGCUGGGUCUUAUUAUCCACAGUCUAAACAUAUCAGUCAGGAUCCAUUAAUAAAUAUGGCAUUUUGGGUGAUUACAUAAGAAACUCCAUUGGGCUGGGACUUGCGGCUGUAUUACCAUGAUUAUCCAUGGAAAUCAUUUGUCGUCUGGUUUGUUUUAUCAGCCUUAGAGUUUGGGAAAUCUCACACUCCAGAGGUUAGGUUAGUGUGGAACCUCUUGAAUUUCGAUAUGUUAAUGCACAAACUUGUGGUAUGAAUCGGUGCAGUGCGAAUUUCACAUUUUGUGUUCUUGCACUUUAGGGGUUACUACAAUGGUUGCAUUUCAUUACAACAAUAGUAUAUUAAGUCUCAGUGCACAUUGUGUUCUAGAAAAGAGCAGAUUUGCCUGAGGCUCAGAUUUGUUGGGAGUUUUGAGUGGAGUUUGAUUUGUUACAUCUGAAAAAAUGUUGCUUUCCUAAUUUACUGAUAGAUGGAACAAUACUACAUUUCACUAGAUCUCAUAGGACUGUAUUCACACUAUGUCAGUAGCAUUAGUUUACAGCUUGUGCCAGGAGCUGGUACAUAUAAACGUAUCCAAAAGCUCCUAUAACUGAGGACAAAUUUCUCAUUUUGGUCUCUAUUUGGGCAAAAUAAAUUAGGCCUUUUGGAUUGGUGAUGAGCUGUAAUCUUGAGAACCCCUUUUGUGAGCUGAUUUCUGUGGGAUCAGUCAAGUCUUAUGCGAUUUUUGGGAGAUCCCCUGAGGGGAUGAUACAGUUCAUUAACAUAUGUGAUGUUCUUUGUUGCAGGUUCCACAGACAGUUGGUAGCUUGCACCCACUAGUUCCACGUCAAAGGCUGAGUUCACAUAUAUGACUUUUGGUCUUCAUGUCCUAUAUACUGUCAGUGCUGGCAAUGUAUAUGUGCAGUUACAGGAAAGUGCCUCAUUGACUUUAACUGUCUGAAAGAAGUUAACUAGUGUAAUGUUUGAGUAAAUACAUGAAAUGACCCAGACUCAAAAGCACAGCACACCAUGCUGUUAAAGGGGUACUCCUCUGGAAAAUAGGGUUUUUUUAAUUUUAUUUUUUUUAAAUCAACUGGUGCCAGAAAAUGAAACAGAUUUGUAAAUUACUUCUAUUUAAAAAUCUUAAUCCUUUCAGUACUUAUCAGAUGCUAUAUGUUGCACAGGAAAUUCUGUCCUUUUUGAAUUUCCUUUCUGCCUGACCACAGUGCUACUUGCUGACACCUCUGUCCAUUUUAGGAACUAUCCAGAGUAGGAGAAAAUCCCCAUAGCAAACCUCUCCUGCUCUGGACAGUUCCUGACAUAGACAGAGGUGUCAGCAGAGAGCACUGUGGUC